AUGGCUGGGCUCGGACAGGUCGAUCUUUUGCUGAGUUCCCUCACGAUCUUCCGCCAAGUCGCGGACGACCUGCAAGAUGCCGAGAAGGACAGUGACCUGGGCAAGUUCUUCGGGCAUAUCAAUGCGUACGGUGUUAUCUUGAUCGAUUGUCUCUCGCCGCUCGGUCACGGUCGAUCCCGCCCCAGUGACCUCGAUUCUCUUUUUCAUCUGCUACUGAAGAAGUUGACAACGUUCUUUCGCCAUUCGGUUUUACCUGAAUACGAGUCUGAACUUCCGUCCUCGAACCCAUUCCGGCGCUUAGCAACGUUGGUAUACUAUUGGAGUGCAGCUGCAGACAACGGAAAAAAGCUGGCUUGGACACAGCAGUGCCUGGAUUUUAGCUGUCACGAGCGAAGAGCCGAGAUGGUACUUAUACUUCGCGGGUGUGUUGCAACUUUGCAGACCCUGCAAUGCGAUGAGCCUGUGGCAGUGGAACGUCGAGCUCGAUUAAAAAAAGGGAAAAAGCCGUUAUCGGUGUAUACGUGCGCCAACACUGUGUUUGAGGCACUUUUUGCCUCGUCAACAGCAUGUUCCGCCGUGCAUAAUCACGAUUGCGCCGCUCGGCUGCGGCUGUCGACUCAUCAAAAACAAGUGGAUGAUCAACGUGAAUUCGAGGUAUUUCUUACACUCAACCUGACCUGCCACAUCUGGCAAGAAACGCGAAUCCAGGCCAUGAUCUCCGACCUUCAGUCUGCGAAGAAAGCGACUGUCAAGUUUGCGGUACGGGAAACCAACAGCGAGAAAAGCCAACAUCGCCGGCGUCGCCGCUUGGCCGUUGUUAGACUAUGUGACCAAUUUGAGAAGCUGAAGUCAAAGCCCAUGAUGCGCCUCAACUUGGCGGUUGAAGACGGCAAGCUUUGGAAAGACCAGUCCUCUCGAAUUGAACGGCCAAUCAGUCAAUCGGACCCGCAGAUCUCCCUCGCAGAUAUCAUCAAGGAACGCCCGGCUAGUAUGACGGAGAAAGUAAAGCGAGUCCUGUCAGUCCUGCUCGCUUACUCUGUUCUACAUCUUCAUGCGACACCGUGGUUGCGGCCCUCUAGCUUCAACGCCGACAAUAUCCUCUUUUUCGGCACUUCCGCAACAAUCCCACUUAAACCAUAUAUACACUCGGCGUUAAGUGAAAAGUACAUGCAGGCGCCCAGCAGUGAAACCGAUGAACUAGACCCUGAUGACCUACCGUCACACCCCUAUCUGGACCUUGUCAUGCUGGCAAUACUGCUCAUGGAACUAUACCUGAUACAGUCCGUUCAUUCAUUAGCGGAACAGGUUGGCAUGGAGUUCGAAGACUGGGAAGCUGUCGAUGACAAUACAAGAUACUCAAUCGCGAUUGCUGUGUAUGAACGGUUCAAGGCUGACUUUCCGGACAACUACCGACAGGCAGUCGAUAGAUGUCUGGACCCGGACAUUGGGUUCGACGAAACUGACGAAGAGCUUAGUUCAGACGAUCUGAAGAUGUUGAUUUAUGAUGAGAUCGUGCAGCCCCUCGAGGACGAACUCGACCAGGGGUUUGGAAACACAAUUCAAAUCGACAAGCUGGACGAGGUUGCUCAGACUAUGGAUCUUAGUCGUUGGGGGCAAAUGCGACAGCCCAUCCCCAAUUCCAUCAAGUCUGCCGAGCUUAGCACGCCAGUGCAGAGUGAGUCCAUUCCACAGGACAGCCUAGCCAUUUCAAGGACUUCCACCUUUUGGUCUUCCUCUGAGCGUUUGACAAGCAACAUUGAUACGUGUCCGAGACAUCAAGACUAUACCGUUGGAUGGAUUUGUGCCCUCCCGGAAGAAUUAGCCGCUGCACAGGCACUCCUAGAUGACCUACACUCGCCGUUACCACAGGACCCUUCCGAUCUCAACAAUUAUACCCUGGGACGCAUGGGAGCGCACAAUGUGGUCAUGGCGUGCCUUCCAUCAGGUGUUAUGGGCACGGUCUCCGCAGCUAGGGUGGCGAAUAACAUGCGAUCUACAUUCAGAUGGCUCAGGUUCGGUUUGAUGGUAGGCAUUGGCGGGGGAGUUCCUGGUGAAAAAGAUAUCCGAUUGGGAGAUGUCGUCGUUGGAGAACCCAACGGACCGUAUGGAGGAGUCAUUCAGUACGAUUUUGGAAAAACUAUUAAAAACGGAGAAGUACUCCGUACGGGCUCCCUGAACCGACCUCCCGACGUGCUCUUGACAGCAAUGUCACGACUCAAAGCAGAUCAUUAUCGCAACGGGGCGGAUCUAACCCGCCAUUUGAGCGGCAUGUUUGACAGAUAUCCCCAUUUGAGUUCGAAGUUUUCCCAUCCUGGCAGUGAGCAUGAUGUUCUCUAUAAGAGUGACUACGACCAUGGUGCGAAGCCGGGGUCAUCCUGCCAAUCUUGCGACUCUACCAACCUGAUUGAUCGGAAACCUCGCAGCUCUCACUCCCCAUACAUACACUACGGCCUCAUUGCAUCUGGUAACCAGGUCAUGAGAGACGGGAGAACCCGCGAGAAACUAAGGAACGACCUUAACGUGCUCUGCUUUGAAAUGGAGGCUGCUGGUAUCGUCGAUGUGUUCCCAUGCCUUGUUAUUCGGGGAAUCUGCGAUUAUUCUGAUUCCCACAAGACCAAACUAUGGCAGGGCUAUGCAGCGACGACGGCAGCGGCUUAUGCGAAGGAACUUCUCAGCGUCAUCUCCGGCAGUCAGAUUGAUAACGCUGAGCGAUUGGGGAGUUUUCAGCCAUGA